GUUAGUACUUUUACUAAGGUUGUGCGUAUAGUGGGGGUUUCACAAGGAGCAAGCAAACCUCACUUUAGGCAACACAUUUCAAAAUUUUCGCAACAUGUUUUAGAAAUAUAAGCAAUAUUUAUUGUAAGUUUUUGCAACAUUUGAAAUUUAUCUGUGACGAGUCUAAAUCAUAGUUAUGUGUGAAUAUAGUUUUAUCACAGAUGCACCUUUUGAAAUUCAAGGUAUGAUCGAAGGGCUGAUUAAUUGUCAUUAAAGGAACUAUUUGUGACAAAUUCUAUUGUCACGUACGCAACAUUGUGUGGCGAAUUUGGAUAAUCACCCAUAACAUACUUUUGUGACUAUAUGUUGGUCAAAACAUAAUCACUUUGUGACAAGUUUUUCCAUCACAUAAAGACCAUUAACAAGAUUACGUACAAAAGUUACAUAAUGGUGACCAAUAUUUAAAGAGUAAUCGAAUGGGGGAAAAAAACUCGAUUCGUAAGAUCAUUCAUUUGAAGCCCUGGUUGGUAAUCCGUGGGAUCCCUCAUCGUUUGAAUCAUCGAGCGAAUUGGGUGGCUCGUUCACAAGCUCACGCUACUGAUCUCCCUCCCGAUUGGUUAGCCAUUCUCGAACUAAUUUUAGCUCAUGUUUGUUGGAUUUUCACUUGUAACUGAUUUUGGUAUUGAAUGAAAGAUCUAAAUUCUUGUAAAAAAAAAAAAUGUCCCCAACACUUUCAAAAGGGACAAAUCAUACCUUCACAUUUAGUUUUGCCAAAUUAAUUUCCUUUAUCAUUUCAUAUUCGAUUUUUUACCGUCACGUUACUAAUUUUGACGAUCACUACACUCGAAUAAGAACGACACGAAUAACCAUACGAGGAUUUAAACGAUGACACGACAAUGAGUUGACUUUACAUCUCCCACGAAGAGCUCAAGAUGUAUGCUAAGUACUUUGCAAGCCCUUUGAAUUGGAGUUGUUUUUACCACCACGUGUUGUCUUACAUAAUUGCAUACCUUAAUCCUCUCCCUUAAUAUAAACCUCCAAGUACUUUGGACCACAGACAAGUUUGUCAGCUUCAACGUGGGGUUAAUUACAUUUGAUUUGCUUCUCCAAUACCACAUAAAAAGGAGAAAAUCUCGACUGAUUUUCGCAUCUCUCAAGCAAAUCAUUCUUCUUAGUCUUUCUCCAUCUCCACAGUAGAAGCAGAAACAGAGCAAAACAGAGCUCCCCUGGCAGUCCAAACCCAGAAUGGAGAACUCACAGUUAGAUCAAAUCUUGGUCGCUUCCUCCUCCUCCGGCAGCAGCAAUGGUCUCGCAAAGGGCGGCUUCAGGGCCUUGCCCUUCAUCAUAGUAACUGAUGGAUUGGAGAAAGUGGUGACUUACGGCCUCGGCGCAUCGAUGAUUCUCUACCUGACGAGAGAGUACGGCCUGGAGAAUGCUGCUGGUGCACAAGUGAUGUUCAUAUGGACCGCGGCGAUCAACUUCGUCCCUGUCCUCGCGGCAUUUCUAGCCGAUUCUUAUGUGGGUCGAUACUGGAUGAUUGGAUUCGGAUCCAUCGCAUCCAUUCUGGGAACUGGUCUAUUAUGGCUAACAGCUGUAGUACCAGGGGCCAGGCCUCAACCCUGUGCUGGUGAUGCUCAUUCUACAGGAAGCUGCAGAAUGCGAGCCACGACGACGCGACAGCUGAUGUUCCUGUACGCAUCGUUAGGCCUGAUCUCGAUCGGAUCAGGGAGCAUGAGAUCGUCCUGCAUGGCGUUCGGUGCUGAUCAGAUGAUGAUGGUCAGCACCAAAAGGGGAUCUUCAAGGGUGCUGGAGAGCAUCUUCAGCUGGUACUACAUUUCGACGGCGAUUGCGAUUCUGCUGGCCAUAACUGUCAUAGUUUACAUCCAGGAUUCUGCUGGCUGGAGUGCUGGUUUUGGAGUCUGUGUGGUGCUCAUGGUGUUGUCUGCAGUUUCAUUCUUCUCGGCUUCUGUGUUCUAUGUGAAGCCGGUGGCCAAAGCAAGCUUGGUCACUGAGCUUGCUCAAGUUGUUGUAGCUGCCUGGACAAAGAGGAGCAUCAAGCUGCUGCCCCCUCCUCAAUCAACCACUCUAGCUUAUCAUCAUCAUCAUCAAUCCACUGCUGCAGUAAUGAAUUUGGAACCAUCUGAGAAUUUGAGGUUUCUCAACAAGGCCUGCAUCAUUCAACACCCCGAACAAGACCUAACCCAGGAAGGCAAACCAGCUCAUCCAUGGCGCCUCUGCUCCGUAGAACAAGUCGAGGAUCUCAAAUCCGUAAUCCGAAUCAUCCCAAUCUGGUCAGCAGGAAUGCUAAUGUCCGUCACAGCAAGCCAACAAUCCAUCCAGCUCCUCCAACUCGCCACCAUGGACCGCCACAUCACCCCGAAAAUCGAGAUCCCAGCAGGCUCAUUCAGCAUCUUCCUAGUCCUCACUUUACUAAUUUGGGUUCCCCUCUACGACCGAGCCAUCCUGCCCUUAGCUUCAACCCUCAGGGGACGUCCCGUCUCGCUUCCCCUGAAGACGAGGCUGGGGCUCGGCAUCCUGCUCUCCUCUGCCUCCAUGGCCGCACUGGGCCUCGUGGAGAGCAUUCGUCGAGCCAGGGCGCUCGACGAGGGGCUCUCCGACGAUCCCAAUGGGAUCGUGGACAUGUCCGCGAUGUGGUUUUUGUUGUACUACGUGCCAUUUGGGGUGGCGGAGGCGUUUAACUACAUUGGACAGAAUGAGUUCUACUACAGCGAGCUGCCGAGGAGCAUGGCUAGUAUUUCGACGACUCUGUAUCAGAUGGGGUUGUCGGUGUCGAAUCUGGUGGCGAGCUUGGUGCUGAGCGUCGUGGAUCGCGCGACGAGAGGUGACGGUGGUGGAGGGAGCUGGGUGGGGAGCAACAUUAACAAGGGACAUUAUGAUUACUACUACUGGGUUUUGGCUGGUUUGAGUUUGGGGAAUUUUGUGUACUAUGUUGCUUGCUGCAAGGGUUAUGGUCCUCUCAAGGGCGAGGGUGAGGAUACAAGAGAGGAGGUGGAUGAAGUGGGAAACCAAUAGGUUUACUACGAACAAGGGUUUAGUCUCGUGGUAAUACCAUUAAUCUUGAACUUGAAAGUCUCGAAUUCGAAUUCGUUAAGUAUUACUUCACCGUAAAGAAGUAAGUUUAUAUCAUUCUUACAAUAAAAACGAAACCAGUAGGUUUACUGUAACACCAUGUCAUGUCAUGAUAGAUUGUCAUAAUAUCUUUUGUUUCUUUAUGAUUCCUAGUUGAACUAGGAUUCCUAAUCUUAUUAGGAAUAAGGAUUUUCUAAUCGACGAAAAAGUUGAUACUGUAGUAAGGAAAAUUUAUGAUGGCUAGUAAGUAUUCGUGCUUACGAUCGAGAAUACACAAGUUUAGUUUGU